CUGGGCUACAUCCUCCUGCGCUGUCGCCACGCGGUGCGGCAGCGCUUCCUGCCCGGGUCUCACCGCCUGGGGCGCCACUCCGCCUUCUCUUCUAGACGCUUCCGAGAGCCGAGCCUUGGCAUCUUGCUGGAGAGUUACUACGAGCACGAGGUGCGCCUGUCGCCACACGUGCUGGGCCACAGCAAAGCGCACGUGAGCCGGAUUGUGGGGGAGCUGGUGCGGGCUGGCCGCACCCAGGGGUCCCCGGGCCCCAUUCCCGGGGGAUCACUCGCCUUGGCCUUCCGCGGAGACUUUAUUCAGGUGGGCAGCGCCUAUGAGCAGCAUAAAAUCCGUCGGCCCGACGGCUUCGACGUGCUGGUGCCUCUGCGCCUCCCACCGUCGGUGGCGCUGGAGCCUCAGAGUCUGGGCAGCGAGCCCGCGCUGGCCCCCGCCUUCCACGGCUGCUUCGUGUGCGCACUGAAGGCGCCCCCCGGGGCCUCCGCGGGCCAGUGGCUCCGGGACUGCAAACCCUUCGCGGACGGCUUCUGCGUGGACGUGCGCGGGCGGCGCCACCUCUCGGCCACACUGGUGCUUCGCUGGUUCCAGUCACACCUGCAGCGCUCCCUGGCCACGGUGCGCUACAGCCUGGAGGGGCGUUGUCGGGUCAGCCUGACCCCGGGGGGCCUGGAGCAGCCUCCCACCCUGCACAUCCUGCCCUGCCGCACCGAUUACGGCUGCUGCCGCCUCUCCAUGGCCGUGCGUCUCAUCCCCGCGGUCCAUUUGGGCGACGGCGUCUUCCUCGUUGCACCACCGCCGCCACCCUCACCUGUCGGGCCCCUCGUGGAGCUACCUGGAGGCCUGCGCUCUGAUGUCCUGUGGGGGGUCAACACGGCUCGCCAGGAGCAGAAGCUGCUGGGCUGGCUGCAGGAACGGGCCCCUCCAGGGGCCUGCUACCUCAAGUGCCUGCAGCUGCUUAAAGCUCUGCGAGAUCUGGGCGCCCGCGGGCUGGACACGACAGCUGCCACCCAGUGGGGACGCAUCCUGUCGUCAUACGUGCUCAAGACGGCGCUGCUGGCGGUGCUGUUGCGAGAGGGGGGUCCUGUGCAAGACUGGGACGAGGCGCACCUGGGGGGGCGUUUGGAGGGCUUAGUACAGUUCCUUAGGGGCUGCCUGCUGCGACGCCAGACGCUCUUCCACUGCGUCCUGGGCCCCGGUGGGGCGGCUGCCGAGGUGGGCCCCCUGCCCAAGGUGCUCCGUGAAGCACCCCCUGUAGACCUGCUGGCGGCUUUCGACUGGCACGCCCGGGAAUUCGCAGCUUCGCGGUUGUUGUCCACGUGGCGAAGGCUCCCCCAGCUCCUAAGGGCGUAUGGGGGUCCCCGUUACCUUUCCAUGUGCCCUUCACCCCGGGGUCAGCGCGCCCAGGGGUUCCCAGAAAAUGAACCUUAAGCCCCGAAGAGCGCCCCCACCUGGUCUAAAAAUCGUCCUAAAAUCGUCCACCGGGUGGGGGUGAGGAUGGCGGUGAAGCUGGUGUUAAUGCCAAGAAGAUGGACUCUAGAAAGUGGCGGGAGAUUCGGAGGAUGCUAUUCAGUAGCUUAAAUGUCGCUCUUGGCUCCAUGCCCAGCUGGCUGUUCCAGCAAGCUCUGCAGAGAGGCUGAUGACAGCACCUCAGAGCUGGUCCCAAAGAGGCUUUGGAGAAGCAAAACUAGGCACGGGAGAACUUCCCUCUGUUGGUUUCUGAGUCAGUGGUUGCUGGGUAGCCUGUAGUGACAAUUAUCUUUACCAAAAAAAAAAAGGGGGGGGGGAGGGUGGACCUGAAUCUUUAUCUACAACUGGAACUGAAAUUCUAUUCUAGGGGCUGAUGUUCUGAGAAGUACAGUUUCCACCAUUCAGAUUAAUAUUAAUGUAUGUUGCAAGUGGUGAUUGACAGGGUGGGGAAGAAUUAAGUCUCCCCUGCUGAGAGGCAAUCCAGAAUUUGUUAGAGAAACUUCAGCACAACUAGUACCUUAUUUUGAUCAGAUCUUUCCUUUCGUGAUAGUUGCUUGUGCCAAGUAUUGCGUCUGAAAGGGAGACCAGUUGCAGGCAGCUGCAGACUGGAAAAGUGAGCUUGCUUCAUGUCCCUUUAGGUGCCAGCAUGGUGGGUCUGGAGAUUUCAGCCUUUGCUGCUCAAGACGUUUCUCCAGGGCUUACUGCCGGCUGGGCACAACCUGUUUUGCUUUAAGGCUUUGAGCAAACUCCUGUGCGCGGAGUUCUUUCUACAUUUAAUGAGAUAAGGAGGUGGAACCGCUACUGCGGCACCUGGCAUGUAGUUGGCGCUCUCAGGUCAAUGAGCAGUGGUCUCAGGUGGAAAGUGUCUGUCCCAUUGCCCCAGUGACCUGUAAAGGGUCCUAGGAGGCCGACUUUGAGGAGCGGUUGAGUCAGCUGCUCAGGUGCAGGUCUUAGAAAGCAUUUAACUUCCAAGUGGGUACUUGCUUCAUGAUCAGUAACUCCUCAGCCCCAGCACAGGAGAAAUAGGCUCCUUUUUCUCUUUGGGCAUAAAUACCACCAAGUUGGGAUGUUUUGCUGCCAGGAAGCCAUUCUGAUGUCCUUCCUUAUUCCUCUAAAUUUCCGACAGGCCUCCCCUGCGCCAUUCCCCUUAAAACUCACCUGAAGUUACAGCAGUCCUCUCUCCCCUUGACAUGGGAAUGGCAGCAGACCCCAUUACACCUUGGGAUUUUUUUUUUUUUAAAUAAAGCAUAUGUAUGCCCUUAGAGUCUUAAAGGUAAACCCGGGGAUAGCAAUAGCUAUGUGAAUAAGGCCACUGUUUUAAUUUCUCCAGCUAGUCUGAGGAACACUAUAAACUUUUUUCUUUAGGGGACUGACUUGGCACCUCAGGAAAUCAUUGGGAAUAGUUGACUUCCAGGGAAUCUUCUCUUGGGAGCGGCAGAGACUCCUUUGUGCUUAGCGACUCAGGCCUCUGCCAUUUGUGCUGCGUCUUUGAGGUGGUGUUGGGGAUAGUUUCCCUGGAGCCCACAAAGGUCACUCUAGUUCUUGAAGUCACUGUUAGGUCAUGAAGUACAGAAUUUAGCAAAGGGGUCCUGCAAAGACAUAAACUGCACAGACAUAAACUGCUUCCUGCAAAGACAUAAACUGCACAGUGUUUAUAAAAGUUAUUUUUAAAAGAAAUGCCAAGAAUAAGCCGAUCUCUAUAUGUGUAUAUAAUGUUUCCAUACUCUGCCACCACUUUUGGGAGUCACUCAGCCUGCCAGAGUGGGGUGCAGUGAGGCUGUCUAGGAUUAUAAAGCUUUCACAGCUGAAUUUGCCAAAUAUUUCUGGCUAGUUUGAUAGGUUCCUUUUUUAACCUUAAUUGUAUUUUGAGGUUUAAAUCUGGUAACAGACUAUUCUUGUAGGUUUGUUUUUUUUAGGUUAAUUUCCCCAAAUCUCAUCCAUCCUCAAGAUUUUUAAUUUUUUUUUAAUUACUGGGGCAUUGUGUUUGUGAAUUUUUAACAUAUGAAUGUUUUAUUUAAAUGCCAUGCUAAGCAAUUGUUCUCUGCACGUGGUAACCAAAACCUAAUGAUUUCGAUCAAUUUUGAUCAAUGUUUAAUAAUCCAAAACAUGUACUGUGUACAAAUGAAAUAAUAUGGCAUUUUUGCCGGGUGUGAUGAGUGCCCGAGGCACUUAUUAAACUCAAUCCUGUAUUUUAUUAGGGCCUCAUCAUAUCCUUGAUCUGAAAUGUACACAUUUUUAGUGUAUACUUGGUACUGGAGAUUCUUAUAUGCAAUAUUCUUUUACAAGAAGGCUCAAAAUUACUCAGAUGAAAAAAAUAAAUAAAUAAAUUGUCCAGCCAGUACCCACAAAAAAAAAAAAAAAAUGGUUUGGGGCGAUGACUCAGCCAUUUUGCCCCAAACACCCUUCAGUAACUCCCACUGACCAGUCUUGGGAGCCGUGCUGGAAUGUUCGUGGGCUGAGAGAAGAUUUUAUUUUAUUUUAUUUUAUUUUAUUUUAUUUUAUUUUAUUUUAUUUUAUUUUAUUUUAUUUUGCAAAAUGAAACUGAAGCUGAAAGAAGGAGAAUGCAAGCAAACUGAGAGAGGUCUGAAGGAUUCAGGAAGGAGGAUUUAAGAUGGAAAUGGAAGGAAGAACUGUGGAGAAGGAGGAUGGAAUGUAAAUCAUGAGGGUGUGAGAGAGGUUUGGGCUAGGAAACAGUUUUUAGAUUUGUGCUCUUUCAAACAAGGGGUCGCCAACUCAGCAGCCCGCAGAAGCAAGGUGGGAGGUGAAUAAGGGCAGGGUGAGUCUGGCCACUGUGCCUAUGUUGAGGGGCACCGCCAUUGCCAGGCUCCAUGCGGGGAGUAGGGGUGGGAAGGGGAAGAAAAACGGAACUUAAAAAAAGAUCUUAGAGGAAUUUUUAACUGUUCAAAGCAUCAUGUGGGCCAAACAAAACAUUUUAUUGAGCUUGGGGGCUACCAGUUUGCGACUCCUGCCUUACAUAGUUAACCUCCCCCCAAGUGUUUAUAAGGCUCUACUUAUUAGGGCUAAGAGCGCUUAUAUAUAGUUGGGGUGUGGUAUUUUAAGUCUUCUUUAUCUCUCAUAGGUAAGCUUUCUUGUAACAACAACUAAAAAAAAAAAAAAAUUAACACUGCCACAGAUAACAUUAACUCAGUUUCUGAAGAACCCUCCAUUCUGGAACCUUCUAAGAGUCAGAUCAAAUCACCAAUGCUUGGCAUUUCCUUCCUGGUGAAUUGGGGCCAAACUCCUUGGCCCUGUCAGAGUUUGCGAUGAGUAAUCAGGAAGGAUUGCAGAAUAACUUGUUUUUUCUUUGUAUUUCAUCUUUUAAAAAUGUGUUCGUAGUAUCCUAACCAGUGACCUGGCCACGGUGGCUGGUGGGCUCGAACCCCAGGGUAAGCUGCUGGGUCUGGAACCAAAAACACUCUUCAGAUGUUCCUACCCCUUUCUGACUCCGUGACUUCCACCAACAUACCUGUGCAUACCCCAGGAUGCUUCCACAGCAUCUCUUUUAACCUCCAGGGGUGAGUCACUUUGGUUGUCGAGUGGGCUUUGGCCUUGUCAUGGUGACUUCACCCACAGGAGGGAGGCCGUUCCUUCAUCAGCAUGCCAGAGCACCCUGAGAGGGAAGCAAGUUCAGUGUUAUCCUCGUGGUGUUUGUUAAUUUUUUUAAGAAUCAGCUGUUACUUAGACACUACCCCUCAUUCUUUCUGUCUACACAGCACCUGACUGGGUGCAGAUAAAGCAAGUAUGGGUGGGGGAGGUACCAAAAACAUGGCUGUGUGUGGAGAGAAUAGACUGAAAUAGGCAGCCUGAGGAUGUAUCAUCAGGACUUUGAAGUGUCAGGGAUGCUUCUAGCACAUUUCAUGUCAAAAAGAAAAAAAAAAAAGUGCCUUGAUUCGGUCACUUGAUUUUAAAACAUUCCUCUUAUUUGAUGGCUAUUUUUAACAUGUACUCUGACCCCCACAUUGUGUGGUACCCUGUGGUCUGCACCAAUGUCACAGGAUUGAUUUUGCUCCAGUAACAGAGACCAAAGAGUUCAUCCAAUCUGGGUUGGCUGCUACAGUUGUGAGUCUCAGGUGUUGCCAUUGUACCAGGUUUCCUGGGCCCAGACACCGAGGCCUCCUGUCUAUUUCUGUUUCAGGUUGGAGUAAAUUUGCACUUUUAAUCGUAUGGGUCAUUCAGGGACCUUGAUCUUUUAUACUUGCUUUAUUAAUAAAGGAAG